CUGUGUUGUGCCCACAUUCGGGGCGCGCGGAGCUGGGGGGGGUCCCUGGGGGGCGCCCGAAGCUAAGAUGGCGUCCGCAACUGAGGGGGACGUGGGAACGGUGGCGGAGCUUUCGAGGGUGCUGCGGUGGGGUUUCGAGGACCUGAACCUUAACAAGUUGGCGACGUCCCUGGGCGCGUCAGAACAGGCGCUGCGGCUCAUCAUCUCCAUCUUCCUCGGUUACCCCUUUGCUUUGUUUUAUCGACGUUACCUUUUCUACAAGGACAGCUACCUCAUCCAUCUCUUCCACACCUUUACAGGCCUCUCAAUUGCUUAUUUUAACUUUGGAAACCAGCUCUACCACUCCCUGCUAUGUAUUGUGCUUCAGUUCCUCAUCCUUCGGUUGAUGGGCCGCACCGUAACUGCCAUCCUCACUACCUUUUGCUUGCAGAUGGGCUACCUGCUUGCUGGAUAUUAUUUCACAGCCACUGGCAACUAUGAUAUCAAGUGGACAAUGCCACAUUGUGUUCUGACCUUGAAGCUGAUUGGUUUGGCUGUUGACUACUUUGAUGGAGGGAAAGAUCAGAAUACCUUGUCCUCUGAGCAACGGAAAUAUGCCAUACGGGGUGUCCCCUCCCUGCUGGAAGUUGCUGGUUUCUCCUACUUCUAUGGGGCCUUCUUGGUAGGGCCUCAGUUCUCAAUGAACCACUACAUGAAGCUGGUGCAGGGACAGCUGACCGACUUACCAGGGAAGAUACCAAACAGCACCGUGCCUGCCCUCAAGCGCCUGAGUCUGGGCCUCAUCUACCUGGUGGGUUACACCCUGCUCAGCCCGCACAUCACAGAAGACUAUCUGCUCACAGAAGACUACGCGAACCACAGUUUUUGGUUCCGUUGCAUGUACAUGCUGGUCUGGGGCAAGUUUGUGCUGUACAAAUACGUCACCUGUUGGCUGGUCACAGAAGGAGUCUGCAUUUUGACGGGGCUGGGCUUCAAUGACUUUGAUGAAAAGGGAAAGGCCCAGUGGGACGCCUGUGCUAACAUGAAGGUGUGGCUCUUUGAAACCACCCCACGCUUCACUGGGACCAUCGCCUCCUUCAACAUCAACACCAAUGCCUGGGUGGCCCGUUACUUCUUCAAACGACUCAAGUUCCUCGGGAACAAAGAACUGUCCCAGGGUCUCUCCUUGCUCUUCUUGGCCCUCUGGCACGGCCUACACUCAGGGUACCUGGUCUGCUUCCAGAUGGAGUUCCUCAUCGUUAUCGUGGAGAGACAGGCCUCCAGCCUCAUUCGAGAGAGCCCCCUUCUGAGCAACCUGGCUUCCAUCACUGUCCUCCAGCCCUUGUACUACUUGGUGCAGCAGACCAUCCACUGGCUCUUCAUGGGUUACUCCAUGACCGCCUUCUGCCUCUUCACGUGGGACAAGUGGCUGAAGGUGUAUAAAUCCGUCUAUUUUGUCGGCCACAUCCUCUUCUUGAGCCUCCUAAUCCUAUUGCCUUACGUUCGCAAAGCAAUGGUGCCAAGAAAAGAGAAGUUAAAGCGAAUGGAAUAAUCCAUUUCCCUGGUGGCCUAGAGCAGGACUGGCGCAGGAACGACGUCUCCCCUUUCACAGCACUCCGCCAGAGACCAUAGCAGCCAGGAGCGGGAAGACGUGGCACGCCCAGUGCCUCUCCUGCCAGCCAAGUCUUUGUUUGGGGCCAAAGGGGAAACUCUUGUGGGUGGAACAGAGGGGCCCCCGUUUGUCCCCUCUGGGCUCCCCCAUGCACGUUGCCUUAUCUCUCCCCCUCUAGCCAGGAAUCUGUUGUGUUUUCUUCUGCCAAUUUACUAUGAUUGUAUAUGUGCCGCUACCACCACCCCCCCUAUGGGGGGGAGAGGAGGGGUACAAGGCCCUGCCUGCUCCACUUUUUCUACCUUGGGACUGUACCAGAUAAAAUCACUUCUGUUUGUUCAGUUUUUUCA